CGCGAAAGCGGCCCAGCGCGGCGCCCUCACGUGUCCCUCCCGGCCCCGGGGCCACUCACGUUCUGCUUCCGCCCGACCCCUCCGACUUCCGGUAAAGAGUCCCUACCGCACCUCCGCGCUCCCCCGGCGCCUCGGCGCGCCCGGCCUCCGAUGCGCUCAGUGGCCGCAGCUCCUCGGAGUCCCGCGGCGGGCACCCAGUCUCGCCCCUUCGCCGCAGCCAACUGGCCCGGGUGGCGCUCGCUCCAGCGGCCGGCGCAGCGGAACGGGCGGGGCGGCGGUGGCGCGGCCUCUGGACAGUAUCCCUCCGCCGCCCCUCCCCCGCCCGGCCCUGGCCCCCCUCCCUCCCGGCAGCGCUCGCCUCCCUCCGCCUCAGACUGUUUUGGUUGCAACGGCAACGGCGGUGGCGCGUUCCGGCCCGGCUCCCCGCAGCUCCUCGGUCUCGGCGGGCCUCCCCGCCCCUUCGUCGUCCUCCUUCUCCCCCGCGGCAGCCCGGGUGCCCCCCCGGCCGCGCCAACCCGCGCCUCCCUGCUCGGCGCCCGCGCGUCCCCGCCGCGCUCCGGCGUCUCCUCGGCGCGCCCGGCUCCCGGCUGUCCCCGCCCGGCGUGCGAGCCGGUGUAUGGGCCCCUCACCAUGUCGCUGAAGCCCCAGCAGCAGCAGCAGCAGCAGCAACAGCAGCAGCAGCAGCAGCAGCAGCCGCCCGCGGCUGCCAAUGUCCGCAAGCCCGGCGGCAGCGGCCUUCUAGCGUCGCCCGCCGCCUCGCCUUCGCCGUCGUCGUCCUCGGUCUCCUCGUCCUCGGCCACGACUCCCUCCUCGGCGGCCGCGGCGACCUCCGGCGGCGGUAGGCCCGGCCUGGGCAGAGGUCGAAACAGUAACAAAGGACUGCCUCAGUCUACGAUUUCUUUUGACGGAAUCUAUGCAAAUAUGAGGAUGGUUCAUAUACUUACAUCAGUUGUUGGCUCCAAAUGUGAAGUACAAGUGAAAAAUGGAGGUAUAUAUGAAGGAGUUUUUAAAACCUACAGUCCGAAGUGUGAUUUGGUACUUGAUGCUGCACAUGAGAAAAGUACAGAAUCCAGUUCGGGGCCAAAACGUGAAGAAAUAAUGGAGAGUAUCUUGUUCAAAUGUUCAGACUUUGUUGUGGUACAGUUUAAAGAUAUGGACUCCAGUUAUGCAAAAAGAGAUGCUUUUACUGACUCUGCUAUCAGUGCUAAAGUGAACGGCGAACACAAAGAGAAGGACCUGGAGCCCUGGGAUGCAGGCGAACUCACAGCCAAUGAGGAACUUGAGGCUUUGGAAAAUGACGUAUCUAAUGGAUGGGAUCCCAAUGAUAUGUUUCGAUAUAAUGAAGAAAAUUAUGGUGUAGUGUCUACAUAUGAUAGCAGUUUAUCUUCAUAUACGGUGCCCUUAGAAAGAGAUAACUCAGAAGAAUUUUUAAAACGGGAAGCAAGGGCAAACCAGUUAGCAGAAGAAAUUGAGUCAAGUGCCCAGUACAAAGCUCGAGUGGCCCUGGAAAAUGAUGAUAGGAGUGAGGAAGAAAAAUACACAGCAGUUCAGAGAAAUUCCAGUGAACGUGAGGGGCACAGCAUAAACACUAGGGAAAAUAAAUAUAUUCCUCCUGGACAAAGAAAUAGAGAAGUCAUAUCCUGGGGAAGUGGGAGACAGAAUUCACCGCGUAUGGGCCAGCCUGGAUCGGGCUCCAUGCCAUCAAGAUCCACUUCUCACACUUCAGAUUUCAACCCGAAUUCUUGUUCAGACCAAAGAGUAGUUAAUGGAGGUGUUCCCUGGCCAUCGCCUUGCCCAUCUCCUUCCUCUCGCCCACCUUCUCGCUACCAGUCAGGUCCCAACUCUCUUCCACCUCGGGCAGCCACCCCUACACGGCCGCCCUCCAGGCCCCCCUCGCGGCCAUCCAGACCCCCGUCUCACCCCUCUGCUCAUGGUUCUCCAGCUCCUGUCUCUACUAUGCCUAAACGCAUGUCUUCAGAAGGGCCUCCAAGGAUGUCCCCAAAGGCCCAGCGACAUCCUCGAAAUCACAGAGUUUCUGCUGGGAGGGGUUCCAUAUCCAGUGGCCUAGAGUUUGUAUCCCACAACCCACCCAGUGAAGCAGCUACUCCUCCAGUAGCAAGGACCAGUCCCUCGGGGGGAACGUGGUCAUCAGUGGUCAGUGGGGUUCCAAGAUUAUCCCCUAAAACUCAUAGACCCAGGUCUCCUAGACAGAACAGUAUUGGAAAUACCCCCAGUGGGCCAGUUCUUGCUUCUCCCCAAGCUGGUAUUAUUCCAACUGAAGCUGUUGCCAUGCCUAUUCCAGCUGCAUCUCCUACGCCUGCUAGUCCUGCAUCGAACAGAGCUGUUACCCCUUCUAGUGAGGCUAAAGAUUCCAGACUUCAAGAUCAAAGGCAGAACUCUCCUGCAGGGAAUAAAGAAAAUAUUAAGCCCAAUGAAACAUCACCUAGCUUCUCAAAAGCUGAAAACAAAGGUAUAUCACCAAUUGUUUCUGAACAUAGAAAACAGAUUGAUGAUUUAAAGAAAUUUAAGAAUGAUUUUAGGUUACAGCCAAGUUCUACUUCUGAAUCUAUGGAUCAACUACUAAACAAAAAUAGAGAGGCAGAAAAAUCAAGAGAUUUGAUCAAAGACAAAAUUGAACCAAGUGCUAAGGAUUCUUUCACUGAAAAUAGCAGCAGCAACUGUACCAGUGGCAGCAGCAAGCCGAAUAGCCCCAGCAUUUCCCCUUCAAUACUUAGUAACACGGAGCACAAGAGGGGACCUGAGGUCACUUCCCAAGGGGUUCAGACUUCCAGUCCAGCAUGUAAACAAGAGAAAGAUGAUAAGGAAGAGAAGAAAGACACAGCUGAGCAAGUUAGGAAAUCAACAUUGAAUCCUAAUGCAAAGGAGUUCAACCCACGUUCCUUCUCUCAGCCAAAGCCUUCUACUACCCCAACUUCACCUCGGCCUCAAGCACAACCUAGCCCAUCUAUGGUGGGUCAUCAACAGCCAACUCCAGUUUAUACUCAGCCUGUUUGUUUUGCACCAAAUAUGAUGUAUCCAGUCCCAGUGAGCCCAGGCGUGCAACCUUUGUACCCAAUACCUAUGACGCCCAUGCCAGUGAAUCAAGCCAAGACAUAUAGAGCAGUACCAAAUAUGCCCCAACAGCGGCAAGACCAGCAUCAUCAGAGUGCCAUGAUGCAUCCAGCGUCAGCAGCGGGCCCACCGAUUGCAGCCACCCCACCAGCUUACUCCACGCAAUAUGUUGCCUACAGUCCUCAGCAGUUCCCAAAUCAGCCCCUUGUUCAGCAUGUGCCACAUUAUCAGUCUCAGCAUCCUCAUGUCUAUAGUCCUGUAAUACAGGGUAAUGCUAGAAUGAUGGCACCACCAACACAUGCCCAGCCUGGUUUAGUGUCUUCUUCAGCAACUCAGUACGGGGCUCAUGAGCAGACGCAUGCGAUGUAUGCAUGUCCCAAAUUACCAUACAACAAGGAGACAAGCCCUUCUUUCUACUUUGCCAUUUCCACGGGCUCCCUUGCUCAGCAGUAUGCGCACCCUAACGCUACCCUGCACCCACAUACUCCACACCCUCAGCCUUCAGCUACCCCCACUGGACAGCAGCAAAGCCAACAUGGUGGAAGUCAUCCUGCACCCAGCCCUGUUCAGCACCAUCAGCACCAGGCCGCCCAGGCUCUCCAUCUGGCCAGUCCACAGCAGCAGUCAGCCAUUUACCACGCGGGGCUUGCACCAACUCCACCCUCCAUGACACCUGCCUCCAACACGCAGUCGCCACAGAAUAGUUUCCCAGCAGCACAACAGACCGUCUUUACGAUCCAUCCUUCUCACGUUCAGCCGGCGUAUACCAACCCACCCCACAUGGCCCACGUACCUCAGGCUCAUGUACAGUCAGGAAUGGUUCCUUCUCAUCCAACUGCCCAUGCGCCAAUGAUGCUAAUGACGACACAGCCACCCGGCGGUCCCCAGGCCGCCCUCGCUCAAAGUGCACUACAGCCCAUUCCAGUCUCGACAACUGCGCAUUUCCCCUAUAUGACGCACCCUUCAGUACAAGCCCACCACCAACAGCAGUUGUAAGGCUGCCCUGGAGGAAACGAAAGGCCAAAUUCCCUCCUCCCUUCUACUGCUUCUACCAACUGGAAGCACAGAAAACUAGAAUUUCAUUUAUUUUGUUUUUAAAAUAUAUAUGUUGAUUUCUUGUAACAUCCAAUAGGAAUGCUAACAGUUCACUUGCAGUGGAAGAUAUUUGGACCGAGUAGAGGCAUUUAGGAACUUGGGGGCUAUUCCAUAAUUCCAUACGCUGUUUCAGAGUCCCACAGGUACCCCAGCUCUGCUUGCCGAAACUGGAAGUUAUUUAUUUUUUAAUAACCCUUGAAAGUCAUGAACACAUCAGCUAGCAAAAGAAGUAACAAGAGUGAUUCUUGCUGCUAUUACUGCUUAAAAAAAAAAAAAAAAAAAAUCAAGACUUGGAACGCCCUUUUACUAAACUUGACAAAGGUUCAGUAAAUUCUUACCGUCAAACUGACGGAUUAUUAUUUAUAAAUCAAGUUUGAUGAGGUGAUCACUGUCUACAGUGGUUCAACUUUUAAGUUAAGGGAAAAACUUUUACUUUGUAGAUAAUAUAAAAUAAAAACUUUAAAAAAAUUUAAAAAAUAAAAAAAGUUUUAAAAACUGA